AACCCCGGGGGCCCCGGUCUGCGGCAGCGGCUGCCACCGCUCCUGCGAUUCACGCGACGAGCCGUCAGAGUUCUCCUCGACAUGUGCAGUUGCGGAGUUACCUGGCGAGAACCCACCCGCCUCGUUGGGGCCCUCGAUGGGGAUCGAGCGGAUGGGCCAGCUCUGCCCCGGCCACGUCCGCCACGUCGUCUUCCAAGGCUCAGAGCACCUGCCAGGGACAGGCUGGCGCUGGCGGGCUGGCCUCGCGUCUGUGCACCCUCUUCGUUUUUGCAAGCGCCUGGCGGGGGUCUGCUGGGACGUGGCGCCCUCGUCAGCCUGGCGCUCGAGCUCCGGCGCCGAGCUCGACGAGCUGCGGGGGCGGCAGCUGGCAGCCGUGAGGGGGUCGGUCAUCGACGUGCCGCUCCACCCGGGCCCCCUCCCGCGGGCGGCCGCGCUCGGCUGGGAGUCGGCAGCCCGGGGCCAGCGCCGCAGGCGGCUCGCCGACGCCGCCACGAACCCAGGAUUCCUUCGGAAGCUCAGCGCCGCGCCAGCGAACGCGAAGAGACGCGACGAACAUUGCGACGCCGCGCUGGACUUCGCCGUGGACAAGCCCAGGAAGAACGACCUCAGUGCAUGGGGCGAUCUCCUGGUUCGCUUCAUGGAGUACUUGUGCUUCGAUGGCUGUCCAGUUGGAUCCGCUAGGCGCGCUUUGUCUGGGCGCGCUGGCCGCGACGACUGGCCGAUCCGCGCCCUUGACUGCGCGCCGCUGGCCGAGGAGAUGCUCUGGCUGAUCGUCGAGUUCUUGCUGCGCCAUCGGUCGGGCCCGAUGACGCGCGCGCUCGCCGCCGCUGGCGCGCCCCUUGCCUGGGGCUGCUACUUCAGGCCGCAGGAAACCCUCGACCUGAAGGUCGCAGACGUUGCCCGACCGCAGCCGGCGGCCGACAGUCGGCGGUGGAGCAUCGCCGUCGCCCCAAAGACCGGCGACAAGUCCGCCAAGAACAGGCGGUUCGACGUUGGCGUGGUCGCGGGGGAGUUCGGCCGGACGUGGGCAGAGGACGCCCUCGGGAUCUUUGCGGGGAAGGCGCCGCCGUCUGACCACCUCUUCCACUCGCUGAAUAUGGCCGAGCUGGACAAGAUCUCCGCCGUGUGCUCGGCGGCCCUGGGCCGGGAAGUGGUCGCCCGCGGCAUGAGGCGCGGCGGGCCUUCAACGGGCGCCGUCAAAAGCAUCGCCGCGCUCGCCAUUAUCCAGGCGAGAGGGCGCUGGCAGUGCCUCGACAGCGUCAGGAUCUACAUGAAGCCCGCCGCCCUCCUGAGGUCUGCGAGCCGGCAUGGCCCCGGCCAGAUUGCGAAGGCGCCCCGGUGCAAGAGGGCGGGCCCGAGCCUGGCGGUCGCCGCGCUCCGCCAG